AUGGAAAAACGUGGGCAGUCGUUUUACGAUGAAGCCGUGACGCAGUUAGAGCACGCGCUCCAAUGCGCCGCUCUCGCGCAGCAGAACGAUGCCAGCUCCACGCUGACUACCGGUGCAUUACUCCACGACAUCGGGCAUAUUAUCUUAGAUGAACAUAAUACCGAUAAAGCUUUCUUGGACAUAGAUUUGAAUCACGAGGAGAUCGGCGCGCAGUAUCUGGAACCGUUUUUCCCGGAAGUGGUUACAACACCGAUCAGGUUGCACGUCCCAGCGAAAAGGUAUUUGUGUGCAACCGAUGCAUCUUACUAUGACGGAUUAUCCGAUGCGUCAAAAAGGAGCCUCAAAGUCCAAGGGGGUAUCAUGUCGGACGAGGAACGAGCGGCAUUUGAACAAAUCCCGCAUUAUCGGGAUGCCCUCACCUUACGACGAUGGGACGAUCUCGCAAAGGUAAAAGAAUUGGAGAUUGCGGAAUUAGAGACCUAUCGAGACAUCGUGCAGCGGUGCUUAAUAUAG